AUGCCUGCCGAAGAGUCCAAACCCCUUGACCCGGCCGUCAAAGACGCCAACGACACCCUUGCCGAGGCGAGCGACAAGGGCAAGGGCAAGGAAGUCGAGGUCGAGUCCGAGGACGAUGAGGAGGAGGAUGCGCCCGAGACGGCACCCGGCGCAACUGCAGAUGCUCCCAAGAAGAAGAAGAAGAAGUCCAAGAGAAAGAAGGUCAAGGAUGCGCUCACCGGCAAGCCCAGCGACCCGGAGGCUGCCAUCAAGGAGGCCAUCGGUGGUCUGACGCCCCAACAGCUCACUGAGCUUCUCGCCCUGAACCCGGCGUUGGCGAACGAGCUCGGCGUUGGAAGCUCUAGCAACAAGUCGGCCGAGGAGACCGCUGCGGCGAUGAAGAACUUGAACCUGCAGGACAUCAUGACGGGUCUGGCCUCGGCUGGCAAGAACGCCAAGGAUAUGGCGAGCUACAAGUUCUGGGCCACGCAACCCGUGCCCAAGUUUGGUGAGGCGGAAGCUAAGGUUGAGGAUGGUCCAAUCCGCAUUCAAAAGGUGGAAGAGGUUCCUACGGAGGCGUCGCCAAUGGUCGCUGGCUUCGAGUGGGUUACAAUGAACCUCGAGGACGAGGGGGAGAUGAAGGAGGUGUACGAGCUGCUCAACGGCCACUAUGUCGAGGACGACGAGGCCAUGUUCCGCUUCAAUUACUCACCAGCCAUGCUUAAAUGGGCCCUCAUGGCUCCUGGCUGGCGCAAGGAGUGGCACGUUGGUGUUCGCGCAACGCAGUCUAGAAAGCUCGUUGCCUUCAUUUCCGCCAUCCCCGUCAACCUGCGCGUGCGCAAGAACGUCGUCACUUGCUCUGAGGUCAAUUUCAUGGUUGUUCACAAGAAGCUCCGUGGCAAGCGCCUCGCUCCCGUGCUGAUCAAGGAGAUCACGCGCCGCAGCAACCUGCGCGAGAUCUGGCAGGGUCUCUACACGGGUGGUGUGGUGCUGCCCAAGCCCGUCAGCACAUGCCGUUACUUCCACCGCGCCCUCAACUGGCAGAAGCUGUACGAGGUCGGUUUCAGCCCGCUGCCCCCCAAUAGCAAGCCGCAGUACCAGAUUCGCAAGUACCAGCUUCCGGAUAACACGUCGAUCAAGGGCCUCCGCGAGCUCCAGGAGAAGGACCUUGAUGCCGCAAACGAACUUCUGGCCAAGUACUUGAAGCGUUUCGACAUGGCCCCUGAGUUCUCCAAGGACGAGUUCAGGCACUGGUUCCUGCACGACAAGAAUGCCCCUGGCGAGCAGGUCAUCUGGACAUAUGUCGUUGAGACCAACGGAAAGAUCACCGACUUCUUCUCCUUCUACUGUCUCGAGUCCACCGUGAUCAACAGCUCAAAGCACCAAGUCGUUCGUGCCGCCUACCUCUGGUACUACGCCUCCGAAGUUGGCCUGACCACGCCCCUCGACAAAGCCGCCCUGAAGACACGAUUGAACUCUCUUAUUGGCGACGCCCUGAUCUUGGGCAAGAAGAACAAGUUCGAUGUCUUCAACGGCCUGUCGCUGCUCGACAACGGCCUCUUCCUGGAGCAGCAGAAGUUCGGCCCCGGUGACGGCCAGCUCCACUACUACCUCUUCAACUACCGUGCGGCCCCUAUUGCUGGCGGCGUGGACCGGAGAAACAAGCUCGACGAAGAGAACCUGAGUGGCAUUGGCUUGGUAAUGUUCUGUAUGCAUACCGGCGUUAGGGGAUGA